UGGGGUUCCAGAGCCUUUAUAUAGCCUUGCAGAACAGACCAAGGGCUCUUUGGCUGAGGCACGUCUCCAUCAUGUGGAGGGAGAUCUUGGCCCACCGGAAUUACCUGAUCACUUUGCUGACCCCUCUCCUCUUUCUACCACUGCCUCUGGUCCUUCCUUACAAGGAAGCACAAUGCGGCUACACCAUCAUCCUGAUGGCCCUCUUCUGGUGCACCGAGGCUCUGCCACUGGCUGUCACAGCUCUCUUCCCCGUCGUCCUCUUCCCCAUGAUGGGCAUCAUGGACUCGACCUCGGUGUGCAUGGAGUACCUGAAAGACACCAAUAUGCUCUUCAUUGGGGGGCUGCUGGUGGCCAUCGCCGUGGAGCACUGGGACUUGCACAGACGCAUCGCCCUCCGCGUCCUGCUGAUUGUCGGGGUCAGGCCUGCUCUCAACACAGCCACCACGGCCAUGAUGGUCCCCAUCGCCCAUGCCGUCCUGGAGCAGCUGCAUAAGUCGGAGCAGGAGAGGCUCUCUGCCAAGCAAUCCGUGGCCAAGAACGGGACCGUCAAUGGAGCCUUCGAGUUGCAGGAAACAGCCCACCAGCAAGCUAACGGGCACGUGGUGACCGUGGAGAAAGAGAAGGUGCCAGGAGAGCAUCAGCAGCUGGAGCAGAAGCACCAGACCUUUUGCAAAGGCAUGAGCCUCGCCGUCUGUUACGCGGCCAGCAUCGGCGGGAUCGCCACCCUGACGGGGACCACACCCAACCUGGUGAUGAAGGGGCAGAUGGACGACCUUUUCCCCAACAAUGGUAAUGUGGUGAACUUCGCCUCCUGGUUCAGCUUUGCUUUUCCAACCAUGGUGCUCCUGCUGGCCUUCUCCUGGGUGUGGCUGCUGCUGCUGUUCCUGGGCUCUGACUUCCGGAAAAAUUUUGGCUGUGGUGCCAACGACUCGGAGAGAGAGGGCUCGAGAAUGGCCUAUGGCAUCAUCAAGAGCGAGCACCAGGCUCUGGGCCCCAUGAAGUUCUCUGAGAUCGCCAUCCUCUCCCUCUUUGUCAUCCUGGUGCUGCUGUGGUUCACGAGGGAACCUGGGUUCAUGCCAGGGUGGGCGAUGGCCUUCAGCAGGGAGGGGAAGAGUUACAUCACCGACGCAACAGUCGUCAUCUUCAUCUCAUUGCUGCUGUUCCUGAUUCCCUCUGAGAUCCCCAGAUGUGGCCUCCGGAGCAGCACAAACCAGAUCCAAGUGACCCCGGCCCUCCUGGACUGGCAGACGGUCAAUCGGAAGAUGCCCUGGAACAUCGUCAUCCUCUUGGGAGGAGGCUUUGCCUUGGCCAAAGGCAGUGAGGCUUCGGGCCUGUCUGAAUGGCUAGGGAGCAAACUGACCCCUCUGCAGACCAUCCCCCACCCAGCCAUCGCCUUCCUGCUCUGCCUCCUGGUCGCCAUCUUCACCGAGUGCACCAGCAACGUGGCCACCACCACCCUCUUCCUGCCCAUCCUGGCCUCCAUGGCCCAGGCCAUUUGCCUCAACCCCCUCUACGUCAUGCUGCCGUGCACCCUCUCGGCCUCGCUCGCCUUCAUGCUGCCCGUGGCCACCCCUCCCAACGCCAUCGUCUUCUCCUACGGGCAGCUUCGAGUCAUCGACAUGGUGAAAGCUGGCUGCGUCUUGAACCUCCUGGGAGUGCUGACCAUCACUCUUGCCAUCAACACCUGGGGUUUCCCCUUGUUCGACCUGGCCCAGUUCCCAUCCUGGGCAAACAGUACCUCAAGUCAGUGCUGAUUUCGAGGAAGGACUCUCCUGAUGAAGAGCCGCUUGCUAAAAUAUGCCUUGGACGGCAGCUCCUCCUGCUGUGGCUCUGUCGAGGGACUGGCUCACGUCUGGGGACAGCGCUGCAACAGAGGAGUGGGCACGAAAUUGCCUCCACCCUGCCCCACAGCUACAGAUGGCGCCCGUCCUCCCUCGCUGGGAUUUCUUGUGCUCACGGUCCUGACGGAAGCUCCUUCUGGGUGCACAAUUUGGGGUUCAGCAGUGGGGCACCUUGCCAAAUCAAUGGACCACUCAGUAGUGUGAGAGUCUGGGUGAGAGGGAAAAUCAUCCAAACGUUCAUCCAGCGACAUCUUGGCUGGGCGAUCCCAGCUCCUUUUCAUUUCAACAGGCCCGGAACCUGUGCAAAUCCAGAGCGCAGGCAGGUCUUUGUCUGUGUAUGCGUGCUGCUAAUUUUUAAAGGCUGCUGUGUUGUAUUUAUGUGUGACUCCUUACGUGCGUGAACCGCAACAGCGAAUGGGCAGACCCAAGCCCCUGGCAAUCCCGCCUGCCGCUGGGCGCUUUGUGUAUCGUGCCACGCUGGCGCCUGCCUGCUUCCAAAGAGGCCAGGCUUCAGGGCCGCUGAAGGCCCUGCGCUUU